GACCUCUCUUGAAGACUCAGGCGCAAUGAGAGUAGCUCCUGUUGACAUCGCUGGCUUGGCCAAGCUGAUUUUGAGCCCUGAAUGCAAGUCAAUUGCUGUGCUGACGGGAGCUGGAGUAUCUGUGGCUUCAGGCAUCCCGGACUUUCGAUCCCCUGGUGGCAUGUACGAUACUCUUUGUCCCGACUUGAUCACUGCCACACCGGCCCAGCGCAAUGCCAUGAAGCACGAACCCAUGGCAGUGGUUACCUGGGAAAUGUUUGAACAAAAUUCUUUCCCUUACAUGGAGGUCCGACGCCCGUUCAUUUUGGGAACAAAAAAUCAUCAGUGGAAGGCGACAAUUGCACACAGAUUCUUUGAACUGCUUCAUGUCAAGACGAACAAACUCACGCGGAUUUUUACACAAAACAUUGACGGGUUAGAUCAUCAAUGCAAGAAGAUUCCAACCGAGAAAAUUGUGAAUGUGCAUGGUUCCAUCUCGAGUGCAUCCUGCGAAGGUUGCGGCACUAAAAUGGAUUUUGUCAAGUUUUGCGAGGCUGUGGAGACCAACAUCAAAGAUAUUUACAACCCAGAGUCUGGACCCAAAGAAUCUACUCCCAUUCUCUGCGGCAACUGCAAGAAGCCCCUUGUGAAACCGACAACGGUUCUGUUUGGAAGGAGCUUACCCUCACAAUUCUUUGAACGAGUCCAAGAAGAUCUACCCAAUCUGGAUUUGCUGAUUGUGGCCGGCACCUCGCUUGUUGUGUCACCAGCAAACAGCUUGUGUUAUAGUGUCCCACAGUCAACCGUUAGGGUGAUUGUGAACCAAGAACCGGUGGGAGAAGAGUUGGGCAUUGAUUAUAGUCCAGAAAGCACUCAUGAUUUCUUUGCUCAAGGCAAGUGUGACGACGUCUUCCUGGAAUUGAUCAUUGCGCUGGGUUGGCUGGAUGACCUAAACGUGAAAGAUUUGCCGCCCUCAAGCGCCAAGCUGGUACAAGAGAAUACAGCCAACUAGCGAGGAGCGAGGAGAGGAAGCAAACUCAGGAAACACAAAAGGCAAGUUUAAUAAAAAAGAGUUAAAAGAGUCC